GUCAAAUCCGCGUAUCAAAACAAUUCCGCCUUCCAUUCCACCGUGUGUAUCGAACUGCUUUGUUUUUGACUAAAAUAAUUGCUCUUGCACAAGUCAAUGAAGAAUUACGGAUAAAACUGGAAGAGAAAAUGAACCACGAGAAGAAUCCAUCCUCUCUUCUGAGAUCAGUUAAAACAACAGCUUGUUGAAAGCAAAGCUCGCUUCCGGCUUAACCAAGAUGGCUGACCCUGUUAUCUCUCUUGUUGUUGAGAGAACUGGCGAUCUGCUGGUUCAAAAAUUUGUUUUCCUGAAAGAUGCUGGACAACAAGUUGAGAAACUCAAAAAUGAUCUGGUCCGGAUGCGGUGUUUCCUGAAAGAUGCUGAUCAGAGGCAAGAUGAAGAUGAGAGGAUCCGCAACUGGGUUUCUGAAAUCAGAGCUGCGGCCUACGAUGCGGAGGAUGUCAUUGAGAUCUUCGCCAGCAAAGUUGAGUUCUUCACAAAGGACAAGGGACUCGUCACCAAAUUGACGUAUUAUCCCUUGAAAAUUGUGAACCUCUACAAGAUUGGUAAAGAGAUCGAAUCCUUACGGAUGAGGCUCAAGGAGAUUGCUGAUAGCCGCGUAGAGUACGGUAUCAAAAAUCUUGGAGAGGGGAUGACUACACAUGGAGAAGAGCUUCAACGGCUCCGGCGGUCCUCUCCUUUCAACGAGGACAGGGAUAUAGUGGGCUUCGAGGAGAAAACAAAAUCCCUGGUGGCAGAACUUUUGAAAGAGGACAAAAGCCGCCGUGUGGUUUCAAUCGUCGGCAUGGGAGGUGCUGGUAAGACAACUCUAGCCAAAAAGGUUUAUAACCAUGCUGAUGUCAGGGAGAGAUUCAGCUGUCGUGCUUGGGUAUGUGUCUCUUCAAGCUAUGAUCACAAAAAGAUACUGAGAUCAAUCAUAAAGCAAUUAAAUCCAAAGGAUGACAAGCUAUAUGAAAUGUUGGAAAAGAUGGAAGAGGAAGAGUUGGAAGAAAGGCUCUAUCAAGAUCUCCAAGACAAAUGUUAUCUUGUGGUACUUGAUGAUGUAUGGAAGGAAGUAGCGUGGGAUUGUCUAUCCAGGAGGGCCUUUCCUGAUGUUGGCACAUCAAGUAGAUUGCUGCUUACAAGUCGCAAUCGGGAAGUUGCCGUACACGCAGAUGCUCUUAGCAUCCCCUGUGAGUUGAAAAGUUUGGGACAGGAAGACAGUUGGCAGUUGUUUCUCAAAGAGGCCUUAGGUCAUGGAGCUAAUGCUGGGUGUCCUCCGGAUUUGGAAGGAGUAGGCAGAGAGAUUGCAAGGCGAUGUGCCGGCCUGCCGCUGGCCAUAACGGUUAUAGGUGGCCUGCUACUGCGCAAGAAAAAGUCGAAGACUGAAUGGAAGAACGUUCUCAACAACUUUAGCGCACACCUAUCGAGGAGCCUGAGUGAAGCAGGGGCAAUUCUGGAAUUAAGUUAUGCAGACCUUCCUGCCAAUCUGAAAUUUUGCUUUUUAUAUUUGGGUUUGUUUCCUGAGGACUCCGUGAUUUCUGUGCGCAAGUUGAUCCAUAUGUGGGUUGCAGAGGGAAUAAUGCAGAAAAGAGAUGCAAAAAAUUUGGAGGAAAGUGCAGCAUAUGAUGAAGUGGAACGACUUUGUAGCAGAAAUAUGGUCCAAGUGGCGGAAAUGACUGUUGAUGAUAGGAUUAAAAGCUGUAGAGUCCAUGAUUUGCUGCGAGAGCUUGCAAUCAGGAAGGCAGAGGAUGAAAAUUUUUUUCAGAUCCAUGACACCAGAGAUGAUGAAAUAUCAGCCAAAUCCAGGUAUCUUGCUGUUCAUAGUCUCCCUCUGGAUAAAAAUUAUUUUGGGUCUUCGACCCCUCCUCUCCGGUCUCUGCUUUUUUUCAAUAUCCACGGUUACAUGGAAAACAUUAGUCUUAGCUUCAAAAGUUUCAGAAAGCUUAGGAUACUAGACCUUGAGAAUGUUGAGAUGGGUUAUAAUUUGCUAGAAGAAAUUGGUGAAGUCAAGCUUCUAAGGUACCUCGGUUUAAGAGGCACAUCCAUUCCAAGGCUCCCUCGUUCCGUCGGUUGCUUGCGAUACCUACAAACUCUUGACAUGCGGAACUUUAAAUCGAAAGUGAAAGUUUCAAAUUUCAUUUGGAAGCUUGAAAGUUUACGGCAUCUAUAUGCGUAUGAUAUGGAAUGUGAUGUGCCUCUUAAGAUUGAAGGAUUGAGGAAUCUCCAGACUCUGUCAGGCAUACGCUUUGAGGACGUUAUACACAAUAACAUGAUAACUUUGACAAGUCUUCAGAAACUGGGGAUUGUAGUGGAUUACAGAAAGCGAGUGGCCAUCUCUAGCUGGACUUUCUAAGCUCCAUCAUGUAACAGAGCUUAAGCUAUUCACUUCGCCGUUUGCUCGGACAAUGCUGCCUCCUGAUUUCCCUCCAAAUCUCUCUCGCUUGUCUUUGAAAGGCACAUUCUUCAGGAAUGACCCAAUGCCAGUACUGGAGAAGUUGGGACAGCUGUCGUUCCUCAAAAUCGAAGUUGCAUAUGAGGGACCACAGCAUAUGGUCAUUUCUAGGCAUGGGUUUCACCAAUUGAAAUUCCUUGAGCUCAACAACCUGUAUGGUUUGGAUGAAAUAAAGGUGGAGGAAGGUGCAUUGCCACAGCUCCAGCGCCUGAGAAUCAGGGACUGCCCCGAUUUAGCAAAGUUGCCGGAAGAGCUGAAGCACAUAACUAGUCUUGAUGCGCUUGAGCUUGUGUCCAUGCCAGAACAUUUCAUCAGUAGGCUUGAUGCGGACACGGUAUCCGGUGUCCCUAACCUCAGAAUAUUUUGACUCGCAGAAGGAAAGAAGUUGGUAUUUGUAUUUCGCGCAUAGAAUGGAAGGUAUGUCGUGUAGUGAUUAAUAAAAUUAUUUCAAGUUUUUAUCAAAAUACAUAAAUAAAAAGAAUGUUUCCGUA